CUCUCUCUCUCUCUCUAUUAUUUCUCUGAUACAUCACAGAAAAAGAGAGAUGGGUAGCAGUUAUUUUGGAGAGCCAAAUAUGGGAAAUGAAAGAGGGAGUGGGUCUUCUUCCUCGUCAAGGAAAAGCAAGAAGAACAAUUCAGACAAGCCUAAACAGCCACAAAGAGGUCUUGGAGUUGCUCAAUUAGAGAAGAUCAGAUUACAUGGCCAAAUGGGUUGUGCUACAUACCACCCCUCCCUUCAUGGCCCAUAUCCCACUAAUUUCAACAAUCAAGAGGAUAUGAGAAUGCAAUCUGCAACUUAUUCUUCAAUACCAUCAUCAUCAUCUUUUUCUUAUUCAUCCUCAUCAUCAUCAUCCUCAACUUCUUAUGGUUUCCACCCCAACAUCAUGAUGGGGCUAGGCGAAUAUGAAAGAACAAAUAUCAGAUAUGGUGAUUCCCUACCUGCUACAACAGCAAGAUGGGACCCCAGCGGUGCAACCUUAGAGACUCAACAUUUUGAGCAGCCAAGCAUGACUAGACACCUUCUAAAUCUACCAGUAGAGGACUCACAGCAUAUAAACAGAAAGAAACAUAGGAGUAAUUCGAGGGGCUCAAGCAGUCAGAAUUCUGAUUCAAGCGACAAUCAGGAACUAGAUUUGGAGCUCAGACUGUCACUUUAAUCAGCAAUUAUCUGCCACUCAAUUGCAUGGCUUCUCAGUGCUAAUUAAAUUGCAAAAUGGCACACAGAGUUGGCAAGACAAUGUAACUUGUUAGAGGUAUCACUGGGUGUGACUCUUGUGUAAUGAAAGGUAGAUUGACUUUCUG